UCUUGAAUUUAAACUACUCUCUGCAAACUAGUGAACGUAUUUAAUGGAUCUUGGUGGAUUAAUUUUCCAGAUCUAGUUUCUGAAUAUGAAAUUUGCCUCAGAGUUUUUUAUUUUUGCAAUUUCACAAAUUAAUAUGAUUUAAAGGUAGGCAACCUCGCGACAUAACCCAAACUUUUUCACUAAUUACUACAGAAAUUUUGAGUUUUUGCUUACUGUGGGUAAUUGUUCAUUCUGUGCCACUUUAAUCUUGGGGUUUUUGAAUUUUUAUUGUUUACCGUGGGUCACCGCGUUCACCUUGCUUGCUAUCGGUCUGAAUUUUAAAUAAUGUACAAAUUUCUUUUCUUCAUCCCUUUAAACAUUUGUUACAAUUUUGUUUGUGCAGUCAAUUGAUCUUACUUAUUGUAAUCCCCUUUUCAGAAGAUGGCCCCUCAAUUUCGUUUAUCCCAUUCCAUGUACCAUAUGAUUGAAGAAUUAGUGAAUCUGUUGAAAAUGCAAGCGAUUGUCAUUACGUACUUACAAUUGAAAAACAGAGCGAGAAAUAGACUUCGUGCGAGACAACGUCUAAUUAGGUAUUCAUUGAAUGAUAGGAUACCCCCUCAAGUGCAGCAUAUGAAUAGGCUAUUGUCAGUUAGUGAUGUAGACUGUUUUGUUAACCUACGUAUGGAUAGGAAUGCAUUCAGUCAUUUGUGUCAUCUUUUAAGAGACGUUGGUGGGCUGCGAAGUGGUAGGUAUGAGUUAUUAGAGGAACAAGUUGCAAUUUUUCUAGGCAUUCUAGCCCACCACAAGAAAAAUCGACCAUCUGGCUUUGAGUUUAAGUGAUCCGGAUAAACAAUUUCCCAUUAUGUUCAUCUUGUUUUGAGAGCGGUCCUCCGGCUUCAUGGCAUUCUGUUGCCUCAACCAGAGCCAGUGACCGAGGAUUGUGUUGAUCCUCAUUGGAGACAUUUUAAGGGGUGUAUUGGCGCCUUGGACGGGACCUAUAUCAAUGUCCUCGUUAGUACUGCGGAUAAGCCACGCUAUCGCACGCGGAGGGCCAAAUCUCGACUAACACUCUUGCUGCCUGUGACCGCAGAAUGAGAUUCUUAUAUUUUCUUCCUGGGUGGGAAAGUUCAGCCGGUGAUUCUCGGGUGCUUAGAGAUGCCGUUAGUAGAGAAGAAGGAUUGAGGGUUCCCAAAGGAAAUUACUUUUUGUGCGAUAAUGGAUAUGCAAACUCUGAAGGUUUCUUGACCCCAUACAAAAAUGUUUGUUAUCAUUUGAAAGAAUGGGGCGUUGGGAAUCAAAUACCGCAAAAUGCGCGGGAAUUGUUCAAUCUGCUCCACAGUAAAGCUAGGAAUAUCAUCGAGCGAGCAUUUUCGUUUCUCAAGAUGAGGUGGGGCAUUCUUCGCAGCGCGAGUUUUUAUCCGAUUAAGAUUCAAAUCCGGAUCAUUAUGGCAUGCUUCUUACUCCAUAAUUUCAUACGUGGUGAGAUGAUAAAUGACCCAAUCGAGCAUGAACUUGAUGGUGCACCCAGUCAUGUAGUCAACGAGGAGGCUGAUGGUGAUGUUGAAUUCGUUGAUCAAGUUGAAACAAGUCUAGCGUGGACUCAAAUGAGGGAUGAUUUGGCUAAUUCUAUGCGGACUAAUCAUCCUCAUGGUAACCUCCGCUGACGGAAGAGAUAUGAUACCCGAGUGUCCUUGUGGCCGGAGCAAGAUGUUGUUGUUGUGUGCAGGAGAGGGAGCAACGCAUAGAGGAAGAUGGUACCCGCUAGGGAAAAUCACUCGGGAUCUUUCUUCUGGUGUGACAACUAUCACAGUAGACGUGGAGAUGGGAAGAUGCCAAGUUACGUAUUGAAUCAAGUUUAGCAUCCAGUUUUAGCCGAAGGUAGCGUUGCUUAUGAGACCAUGAGAAGCAUGACUGUAACUGCAGAAGUCAGCAGUGCCUCUGGUACCAAAAGAAUCACGUCUGUAACUGCAAAUGUUUGUAGUGAAUGAGCCCGAUGUCAAGCUGAACUUCAGAUGAACUAUGUGUUUUGUUUCAUUGGUGUAAUGUUGUUAUUGCUAGGAAUUGUGCUAGGAGAAUUGUUCUAGGGUAACUGACUUGUUAUUUUCAUUUGGACUAUGUGUGUUUUUUGUUGCUUAUGGUUGUUGGUAGAAACUUUAUUUUGUCUA